UCAAAUGGAGUGUAAAUAUGGAGUCUUUUAAUAAAGUUCCACAAGUAUGCUCCAUAACAAUAAAUGUACAAACAAACAAAACAUGGGUACGAAGACCCGACGCGCACCUAUACAAACAAUAACACUACACUGACAACAAAUCAAUCUCUGACAAAGACAUGAGGGGAAACAGAGGGUUAAAUACACAACAGGUAAUGAAUGGGAUUGAAAACAGGUGUGUGGGAAGACAAGACAAAACCAAUGGAAAAUGAAAAAAGGAUCAAUGAUGGCUAGAAGACCGGCGACGUCGAACGCCGAGCACCGCCCGAACAAGGAGAGGCAACGACUUCGGCAGAAGUCGUGACACCGGCAUGGCAUAAUUCACCCUUCCCACCGGAUCCAUUUGGUUCCUCCUCCUCAGGAAGUGGAGACGCCAGAGACAAGGACUGCCUUCAGCUUCUGCCUUUCUGACGGUGCCUGCGAUCGCUCUGCGAUGCCCUGUUCAUUUCUAGCGAGGAGCUGCAGGCAGUAGCGAGAGACCACGCAGGGGAAGGAUGCAUUUAAAGCAGGAUGUGUGCUGGAUGCUGGGAGACACGGCAGCGAUAGCAGCAGCAGCAGCAAGCACGGAGGGCCUGGGAAGCGCCCACCCCCUCUCUCUCCUCCUUUUCCUCCCCCCCUGCAGGACCAUGCUUGCGUGAGGGAUGAAGCUGUGCACAGGGACGCCAGGCCAGAGCUGCGGCCUACUUCUUCUCACAAGAGCCGGGCUCUCGACUGCAAGAUCUGUGAACGCUUUGCCACCAUCAAAUCAGCAUCUUUGGUCACCAGGUAGAUCCAGGAGCAUGAGCAGGACUCUGAGCUGCGGGAGCAGAUGUCUGGUUAUAAGCGCAUGCGGCGGCAGCACCAGAAGCAGCUGAUCGCCCUGGAGAACAGGCUGAAGGCGGAGAUGGACGAGCAUAGGCUCCGGUUGCAGAAGGAAGUAGAGACCCAUGCCAACAACACUUACAUUGAACUGGAGAGACUGGCUAAACGGCACACCGUUCACACAGACAAAGAGAUAAAGGCAGCUACAGCAGAGGAGAAGAGGAUCCAGCAACAGAUCAUUGCCCAGCAAAAGAAGGAGCUGACCACCUUCGUAGACAACCAGAAAAAAGAGUACAGGCUCUAUAAAGACAAGAUCAAAGAGGAGAUGAAUGAGGAGCCCAGUACGCCCAAGGAGGAGAAGCAGGAGCGUCUUUCCAGGCACAAGGAGACGGUGCAGCGCUCACAGGCUGAGGAUGAGGCCCACCUUCUGGACCAGCAGAGGCUGGUCUAUGACAGGAGCUGCCGUGCUCUGAAACGCAGGACACUGGUCAAGAGGCACGAGUUCGAACAGGAGCAAAUGAGAGAGGAGCUGAAUAAGAAGAAGACCCAGAAGGAGAUGGAGCAGGCCCUGAUGAUUCGACAGGACGAGUCCACUCAGGAGCUGGAGCGCAGGCAGCUGCAGACACUGCAGAGGCUCCGUGUUGAGCUGAUCUUCCUGCAGCACCAGACCGAGUUGGAGAACCAGGAGGAGUACAACGGCCGGCGGCAGAGAGAGCUGCACAGGAAGCACGCCCUGGAGCAGCGGCAGCAGCCCCGGAACCUCAAGAUGUUGGAGAUGCAGAUCAAGAAACAGUUCCAGGACACGUGUAAGGUGCAGAACAAGCAGUACAAAGCCCUGAGGAACCAUCAGCUUGAGGUCUCUCCUAAGAGCGAGCACAAGGCCAUCCUAAAGUCACUGAAGGAGGAGCAGACACGCAAGCUCGCUGUGCUGGCCGAGCAGUACGAGCAGAGCAUCAACGAGAUGAUGGCCUCACAAGCGAUGCGUCUGGAGGAGGAGCAGGAAAGGGAGUGCCAGGCGUUGAAGCAGCAGCUGCAGCAGGAGAUGGAGCUCCUGGAUGCCUACCAGAGCAAGACCAAGGCCCAGACAGAAGCCCAACAUGAGAGGGAGCUGCAGAUGCUGGGGCAGAAGGUCUCCUUACGCAGGGCCCACCUAGAACAGAAGAUUGAAGAGGAGCUGGCCUCACUUCAGAAGGAACGCACUGAAAGGAUCAAGCAGCUUUUUGAACGGCAGGAGAGGGAGAUGGACGCUUUCGAUGCAGAGAGCGCUAGGCUGGGGUUUGGGAGCUUAGGAUCGCUGGACUUCCCCAAGGAGGACGACAGAUGAAAAUGGAUGUGGUUGUGGAGGACUAGACUCUUUCCUUCUGGUGUAUGGUGUAGGCAUGUGCCUGCAUUCUCACGGUCAACUUCACCAUGGCCAUCUCUACAGUGAUAACGCUGGAUAACCCUCUUUCUCUCUUCCUCUCUAGAGUCUUUUAGAUACCACAUCACAGCAUAGAGCGGUCAUUUGCCAUGGGAACUACUUUUGUUAAACUUUAGAAAAAGAGGAAAAUUAAACAAGAUGAAUUCACAUCACAAGUUCAACCAAGUGUGUGUAACUCAAAAGUCUUGCGUUGGAGAUUACAAGAAUAGAAUACUUAUAAAAAUAUAAAAAAGAACUGACUCUUUCCUCCAUGCCAUCAUCCUCCUUUUGGUAUGAAUUCAGGAAAUUCAGGAAAUUUUAGUAAAAAUUAGCACUUUGAUAUGUUUAGGUAUUAACCCAUCAUGUUCAUAUGAUGCUUAAUGCGUAUGUCACAUGGAGGGGCAUUGCGAUUGUGGAAUGUGAGCUGCGGACUACACCGUGGUGUUUAGCUGCUUCUUCUCUCUUUUUUUCUCACAGAAUGUGAAUAAUACUGUAUGUGAAUACUGUAAGCUAAAAGAAGGUAUUGGGACAGUGUCAGAUCUUAUAUGUAAAACAGUUUUAAAGAGAGAUUUUACUUCAUUCCAUAAUGUGCUAAAGCAUAUGGUCCUUCACUUUUUAAAACAAUCCCGGUACUUUAUUUUUUGUUGUUCAGUAUUUCGGAUUUAUUGGCAUCAGUUUGAUCAAGCUGUGUAUUUUAUCAGAAUGAUUCAACUCCGUCAAACUGGUUAUUAUUGCAUGCACUUUAAAGACACAUUCAGGUUGUGAAGUGAUGCAUGACUCUGUCCAGAGAUUUUAGCCGUUUGUAAAUAAAAGUGGUCAUUGCAUUUUUUGUUUGAAUCCCUAUUGACAAGCGCCAUAUUUGAUGUGAAAAUGUCACAAAUGCCUUUAUUUAAGUUGUGCCUAUGAAGCGGUUUUGAUUUGUCGUUGUUGUCCUUUCAUGUUUGUUUAGCACGGCCAAUACCAUUGAUUGUUCCAUCCAAAUUUGGGAAUCAUUUAACGUUCACCAAUCAAAGGUCUUGUCAAGGACAAUGGUGAGAAUUGUGCUGUAUAACUUUUGAUAUAAAUAUUUGUAUUUGAGGACAUAAGUAGGAGAUACAGAAGCAUUGGUCGAUUACUAAUGACGGAACUUCACAUUAUACUUAGAAAUAUGUUUUUUUUCCUUGGUAAUGCGGUAGGUCAAACAUACUGAAAACUCGAAUCACUGAAGACGUUUAUCAGAUUGUAUUUAAAAAAAACACAGUUAAAUGGUAUCACAGAAUUACUGUAAAUGCAUCGAUUAAAAAAAAGAAGCUGUCUGGUAAUAGUUAACCAGGCGGGUGGUUGCUUUGUUCUGGGUUGCAUUCAAGUCGUAGCUGUUUAGUAACCAGAUGUACAAUGUUUUGCAAUGUUCAUUGUUGUUAUUGCACAUACGUUUGCAAAAUGUGUCCAUUACAGUGACUGGGAAGGAAAUUGUUUGGUGCUUGAUUUCUAAUAUCACCAUCAGCCUUUGACACAGACAGAAUACCGGAUUGAAUGCCUGUCUAUGGAUGUUACAACUAUUUCAACAUGUCCAGGUUUAACAGUUUUGAAAGAUUGUUUUAAGUUGAGAUCUUUAAUGCAACACUGAUAUUUUGACAGUUGCCUCCAAACACACUCCCUAGUCCUGUUCCUCACACAUUGAUAUCAUUUAAGUGAUGGAAAUCAAGCCCUUCCUAGUUGGUGGGCUGGGCAAGUGACAUUAAGAAUGUUAAAAUAUCUGACACAUAAAUGCAACAAAACUAUGAACUUCAAAAUACAUUAAUAAACAACUAAUACUUUCAAUGUAAUGGCAUUAUUGAUACCUCUAGACUCAUGACUUCAAGUGCCAAAGUUAUACAGUAGGCUUCAGUUUGGGAAUUAUUUGGUGUAAAUGACUCCAUGGAAUGGGGCAUAUUUUGAGGUUGGAAGGUUUUGGAGAAUGUACGUUUUCUUGACAAAUGGUGUAGAUCCAUAUGCUAUUUUCUUUGGGUUGGUUUAACUUGAGACUGGUUCAAACCUGUUAUGAACCAAACUUGUUUAUGUGGACUUAUGUUAUCAAGAAAGGGGACUUCCCUAAACUAAGCCACACAGCGUUUCCUGUGUGGUACAGAGAUGAAAUAAAAGAGAUUCUCUCGAAACAAGAGGUCUGCAUCAACA